AUGGCCAAGCGCCCGUUGCUUGAGGCGAUCGCCACGGACAACCCGGACCUGUGGAUCAAGCUCGCCAGCGGGGAGCGCCUGCCGGUCCACCGCGCCAUCGUCUCAUGGUCCUCCUCCGUCGCCAAGCAGCUGCCGCCUGGCGACACCUGGGACGUCUCGGGCCUGGUGUUGGACGGCCGCGCCGCCGCAGAGCGGCCCGUGGUGGCGGCGUGGCUGGCGGCCGUGUAUCCACCGGCCGAGGGCUUGUGUGACGAGCCUGGCGAGCCGCCACAGCUGGCCGACCUCCUUGCCUUUGCGGACGCCGUUGGGACGUCGAGGCCAGCGCUGCUCGCAUGCUGCCAGCGCUGCCCGCUCACAUCCCUGACGUUGAUGGCUGGCGAGAAGGCGGUGGCGCUGCCGCUUGACGGGCAUGCGAGUUACUACAGUUCCGCCUCAGAGCAGCUCUGGGGAUGUCGCCCUGACGCGGCCAGCGUUGUAGCUGCAUCUAUCACGCAGGAGCAGGCCGCCAGCAUGAGCACCCAGGUCGCGGCUCAGCUCGAGUCGCUGCUGCACCUGGCCUACAAGCUGCGGCUGACAGACCUGCAGGACCAGCUGCACGCGUUCAUCCAUGGCGCCGCCGUUUACUCAAACGGACCCCUGAUCAAUCGCCUACUGCUGGAGUCGGCGGUGUUCACGGACCGCGUGAUGGCGGCGGCCGAUCCGCAGCAAAAAAAAGCGGCCUGGAUUGACAGCGUGGUGAGGGUGCCGUGUGUGAUCGGCGGGGGGGAGGGUGCCCUGCUGGUCGGAGUGGACGACGGCGCCAAGCAGCCCGUGCGGUUCAAAGCAGCGCUGGGGCGGCCCUACAUGGGCGCCCCAACGGGCACGGCUGUGCAUUGUGUGGUGAGCGUGUUCAAGGGCGCGGUGUUCCUUACCUGUGACGGCGGAGCACACGAGCUUCCAGUUCCCUUAAAACUGCUGCUAGGUUGA